GUCUGGCUCGGGCCAAGUCAAUACCCACCAAGACCUACUCCAACGAGGUGGUCACACUGUGGUACAGACCUCCUGAUGUCCUGCUGGGGUCUACGGAGUACUCCACACCUAUCGACAUGUGGGGCGUGGGUUGUAUAUUCUACGAGAUGGCAUGCGGCCGGCCGCUGUUCCCGGGCUCCACUGUGGAGGACGAGCUACACCUCAUCUUCAAGACGCUCGGGGUGCCCACGGAGGACAGCAUGCCCGGCAUCUCAAAGAACGAAGAGUUUUUCAACUACGACUUCCACACCUCGCCUGUGGACAGUUUGAUCACAAUAGCUCCCAGACUUGAUGCUGAUGGUCUGGAUUUAUUAGCAAAAUACUUAAAGUACAAUCCUGCCACUCGCAUUUCUGCCCCCGAUGCCAUGAAACAUUCAUUCUUUGACGGCCUGGGACCCGCCGUCCACAAGCUGCCUGAUACUGUCUCAGUGUUCACCGUCCCUGGUAUCUCGUUGCACCGUGACCCCGGCAUGAGGUCUUCGUCUCUAGCGACCACAGGUAAACUCCGGAGACAGAGCAUGCUGUUUUAAGCCAGGGUUUAUUAGCAUAGCAAAAUCACGGAUGGACUCUGAUCACAGACCUGCACUGGUGCGGAGGUCGUGAAGAUCAACAAAGUGGACGUACCCUUGUCUGAUGAAAACUUCACACUUCUCACCUUGUAGUUCAUGCUGUCAUUGGGCAACAACCCUUCCUUCCACUGUCCGCUUGUCUUAAUUUUUUUUAACGUUUGAGUCGAGAAAAAGAAGACAAUGCUCUAUGGUGUCUGUGGCUGGUCAGAUGUUUAUACUUUUGACUGUCACAGCUUUGGAUCAUUAAGUGUUGUGGGUCACUCUCAUUGAUGGUGUGUCAAGGCUCUUGGGGGGUCAGAGUCAGUCUGUGUCAGUGGUUAGAGUCUAUCUUUUUGGGCAAUCUGUGCCAGUCUACUUUUGAGCUGUGAGAGAUCUGAGCAAUGAUGUGGCACAUGUGUGCGUGUCGCGCACUGCCUGGUCUGUGAGACUGACACAGUGAUGUGUCAAUGUGUGUGUGUACACCAGGUUGACUGUGUCACAUACUGCCUGGUCCGUUAGACUGACGCAGUGAUCUGGGUCCCACGCAUUACUCUGGCUGAGCAGGUUAAGGCAGACGUUGCUUAAGAGGUUGAAUAACAAAAAUAGGAGGGAGGGAGGGGGAGUGUCAAAGGAUUGGGCUCAGGCUCGAAGUCGGGAAGUUAUGAUUUUUAUAUGUAGAACAGCCAGCCAAAACUAUUUGAUAAUUUUGGGGAAUGUGGAGAGGUAUCCCCCCAGUAUACUUUUCAAGGUUUUGGCUUCAGGGUUCAGUUUAUGAAUAGACAUCUGUGAAUAGAGAAAUGUUUUGAACAAACUGUUCCUUUGAACUGGACAGGGCAGUGGUCACAAUUGUCGUGUGAACAUGGCCAGAUAUCUCUAGAGUUGCUCCAUGUUGGGGCAGUAUAAUCCUCACAGCCAGUUUCACCCAAGGACCAAGAUGUGUAAUCUUUUCAGAUAUAAAGCAUGUUAAUAUGUUUGAAUGUAUCUGUAAUUUGUGUGUGUGUGUGUGUGUGUGUGUGUUUGGGUGAAAUAAGGAGGGAAAAAAAAGAAAGAAA